AUGCUCCUCUCUGGGUGGGCCAUUGUGGACACAUCUUUCAGUAGCAUGCUCCUCUCUGGGUGGGCCAUUGUGGGCACUGGAGUGCUCAGCUUCUGCCUCACCUUUGUCCUUGCCCUCGCUGGCUACUUCCUCCUCGCUCGUGCGGCCCACAACUCGGUUCAUGAUGCCUACGUCAUGCCCAUCUCCUUCAAUGCCUUUGUUGCUCUCGUCGUUGUCGUAGGCAUCGCCGCAAUGCUCUUCGGUACCAUCGCUUGGUUCUUUGGUUAUGAGCGCUCUGCCUAUGCUUCUCUCUCGGCAUGCUCCAUGAUCCGCCUCCCGGUCAUGGGCCUCAUGGCUGGUCUCAUCACCGCGUCCAUCGUUGGCCUUGCUGUCGGUCUCUCCGGUGAUCUGCCAGCUUCUGCUGGUGACAUCCCGCGUCAGUCGGACGCCUCGCUUUUCUGGUCUGGCGUGGGACUUGGGGUGGGCAUUGCGGGCUUCCUCGCCUUUCUGGCCAUCACGCUUGUGUUCUACCAAGAGUCGGCCAACAUCCACGCCAUCCGCUCGGCGAUGCCCAACCACAUGCUGACCCAGGUGGUAGGCCUCGUGGCCGCCGACGAUCGCAAAGCCAUUGCACUCCUUGCUUCUCGCAACGAGGAGUACCUUCUCUCACAUGGCCUCCUCUACUGCAUGCAGGCUGUCCAACACGAUCUGGUCGACGACGACGCUCUGGCGUCCUGGCCGCCGCAGGCCUUCCGAGGCCCGCUCGCCGCGGCCCUCUUCUCCAUCCUCGGCGACGGCCCUUCGCUCUUUGUGUGGCAGACGACCGACCAGAUCGAGCGCGUCCGUGCCGUCACUGACGACAUGAAGAAGGCCAAGGCGUGGUCAAACAGCAAGCGCCGCGCCAAGCUCCACCGCUACUUGUUGGGCGCCAAGGCGCCGGCCGACUCGCUCAACGAUGAUGCCGAGGUGCAGCUCGGGCCGUCCGAGGCCCGCAUCGCCCGCGCCCUUCUCGCCUUUGUCGACGACUCGUCCGUCUGCCCCAUCUCCGCCGCCAACCUCGCCCGUCGCGUCAAGGCUGUCUACUCGACCAAGUUUGGUACGACCAAGUUUGUGGGCAAGGCCGCCCGCAAGACCGCUCUUGCCCUUGCCGCUGGCUCGUCGUCGUCAUACGACGGCUCAUCGUCGGGCCCGUACUCAUGGUCUAACGCCUCGAGCUCGUCGUCGGUCCACUACUCGUCAGCGUACAGCGGAUCUUACAGCUAGCUAGCCAGUGAACACGCUUCCCAC